AUAUAUCUCAUCGCACAAGCGGCAUAUCUUCAAUUCCUGGAGACUGGCAAAUACUCCGACCUUGUGAUCGAAUGUCAAGGAGUUGAAUUCAAAGUCCAUCGCGUUGUUGUGUGUGCGCACUCUCCAAUGCUGGACGCAGCAUGCGGCGGACAAUUCCAGGAGGCUCAGAGCGGGCGGAUCACAUUACCUGAACAACAGCCACAUAUCAUGGCACGAGCCAUUGAAUACAUGUUGCCGGGAAAUACAGUGAUGAGGAUCUCCCUCUCUUCUAUGCAAAGAUGACCACACAACACGAUCCUGAUGACAUCGUGGACGACCUUCCCGGUCAACUCACUGAGCUUGAAGAAGGUGGAUUGCGGUAUCCUCUCAAGGUUAACGCCCUCCUCUAUGGGUGUGCCGACAUGCUAGGAAUGGCAGAAUUGAAGACUCUGGUCUCGGAGACGUUCCGGGAGGAUGCCGAGGCUGCAGUGGCGAUGGAAGGGUUCGACGAGUCUACGCCUAGUAUAUGAGAACACCAAGGUCGACGACCGGCAACUGCGACUCGCCGUCACCCGCCUGUGCGUCGAGCACCAUGAACAACUGCAGUCCAGGCCGGAUACGCUCCAGGUCAUCCAAGAGCACGAACCGACCGUCUGGGCCGUCUCCGUCGACGUUCUGAAGAGUUGGCUGGUCGCUCCUCCGCCGGUCCUGCAGGAGAAGAUCGCGAAAGACGCAGUGAAC